GGAUACCAAGGACGCGACUUGUUUGGAGAGCGGAGUUUUGGAGUGAGACGCAGAGACAAGAAACCACAGAGAAAGCUAAGAGUUUAAGUAAGAAGCGGGACCAAGAGAAAGGAAUUGUAAAGCAUGGAAGAGAGCAGCACAGACACAGAAGGAGAGAAAGAAGACGACGAGGAGGAAGCGGCACGGAAAGCAGCAGAAGCCAAAGAGAGGGAGAGAAGGAAGGACCAGAAGGACCACCCCUCCGCCAUCGUGCCCACAGUUAACAUUCGAGAGGAGCGGCUGGUCGAUUUAGCCGAAACUCCAGCUUUCCGCUGUCUGCACGAGCUGCAUUCUAUGGGAAAACUUCCCGGGACCAGAAUGGCAGAGCUGAAAGCCAAGUACACGGUGCUCCAUGACAUGGUGGUGAGCACCCAGCAGUCGGAGGUGCAGCUGCUGGAGAACGCCAAACUCUUCACCGAGCAGAUCCAACAGCAGCUCGUCCGCCUGCAGCAAGCCGACGACUUCCCCAACGCCUUCUCCACUGAGGUCUGCAAGCUGCGGGAGCAGCUGCUCAAGUACCAGAACGAAUACAGUGCGGCGCAAGAGAGGGAGUACCACAACCAGUACAGACUGAACAGCCUAACCGAAGAAAAGAGUCUCAUACUAAAGGAAUUUGAGAAGAUACCUAAGCCAGGCGAAAUGGAGAAGAAGAUGAGAACCCUAAAGGAAAGCACCGAAGAACUGCGCAAGGAAGUAAUUCAGAAGAGACUGGAAAUCAAAAUCCUCCGGGAAGACCUGGCGUCCAAGCAGAAGCAGCUAACGAAGGAGCAGAAGGAGCUAGAGGAGGUGCUGGAGUGUCAGGUUGGCCUGAAGGAUGACGUGGUCCACCAUCAAACCAUUCCUGUACAAAUUUCAAAGGAGAUAGAAAAAAUGACCCGCAAAAAAAUAGAAAUGGAAAAGAAAAAUAUUGUCUUGGAAUACGAAGUCAAAGAGCUAAAUGGGUCUUUAAAGAAGCUUGAGAACAAAGUCAACGCUCUGGUGGAAGAGAAGGAUGAUGUCGUGAAGGAAGUGGAGGGCAAGCGAGCCCUAUUGGAAGUGAAGGAACGAGAGUAUAACCAACUACUUAAGAUGCUGGAGUUAACCAAAGAGAACGAAGCUUCCUCGCUAGCUGAAAGAGGGAUCUUGGACCUUAAUCUUCGAAACUGCCUCAUUGACAAGCAGAGCUACCAUGAUGAACUUUGCCGCAAGCAAAGGGAGAAAGAGCGAGAUUUCCGCAACCUGAAGAAGACGGAGCUGCUCCUGAAAGUGUCCUUGGAGGCGCUGACUCAGACUCAAGCCCUGAACCAAAGGCUGCUACUCGAGAUCGAAGCUAUCCCUAAGGAUGACCUUCUGUUGCCUGAGAGAAGGAGAGACCUCCAAAAGGAAGUUGAAUUGGCUAAGAGGAACCUGGCUCAGCAGAGGAGCCUAUCCGAAGCGGAGGCGAGGCUGGUGGAGCAGCAGAUCGCAGAGCAAAACAAGCUCUUGAAGGAACAAGAGAACAUGCGAGACCUGCUGUUCAACCUGGGGCGAAUGACUCAGCUCAGAGUUGACGAGCGGGAACAAAAGUCCAAGGAUUUCCUGAAAGCCCAGCAAAAACAUUUCAAUGUCAUUAAGGAAAUCAAAGCAAAGGACCUUGAGAUCAGACUACACAAGAAGAGAAAACAUGAAAUUCAUCGGAGACUUAAAGAGUUUGCUGCACUUUAUGACACAAUCAGAAACGAAAGGAAUAAGUUUGUCAACCUCCUACACAAAGCUCAUCAGAAAGUAAACGAGAUCAGAGAAAGGCACAAAAUGUCACUAAAUGAGCUGGAAAUCCUAAGGAACAGUGCUGUCUCUCAAGAUAGGAAGUUACAGAACUCCAUGCUGAAGCACUCCAACAACGUGACCAUCAGGGAGAGCAUGCAGAACGACGUGUGCAAAAUCACCGCCAAGCUUCAGGAGAUGAAGGAGAAGAAGGAGGCGCAGCUGACCAGUAUGGACCGCCUGGCCGGCAUGAUCACCGUCAUUGAGGAGGAGAUGGUGCAGCUCCACAAAAAGUAUGAGAAGGCCGUCCAGCGUCGAAACGAAUGUGGUGUUCAACUGAUAGAGCGUGAGGAAGAAGUGUGCAUUUUUUAUGAGAAAAUAAACAUCCAAGAGAAGAUGAAACUCCACGGCGAUGUCGAAAUCCACAUCCUGGAUGAGAAAAUCCGAUUCCUGAAGCUGAAGAUAGCCGAAAAGCAAAGACAAAUCUGCGUGACACAGAAGCUGCUGCCCACCAAGAGGGCCCUUGACGCCGACCUGGCGGUGCUGCAAAUCCAGUUCUCCCAGUGUGCAGACAGAAUCAAAAGCCUGGAGAAACGCUUUGUCAACCCCGACAGCAAGGGCAGAAUCCGCUUCAUUCCCGGGAAAGAUCUGACCGAAGAAGAAAUGGUCAAGAAGUUAGACAUGCUGGAGCUUCAGCUGGCCAAGAAGGAGGAGAAGUUACUGGAGAAGGAUUUCAUCUAUGAGCACGUGUCCCAGCUCACCAACAGGCUCAGAGGCAAAACCCAGACUUGCAAGGAGGACACGCUGCUCUUAGCCAAGAAGAUGAACGGCUACCAAAAACGGAUCAAAGAUGCUACUGAGAAAAUGAUGGCCCUGGUUGCCGAGUUGUCCAUGAAGCAAGCCCUGACCAUUGAACUCCAGAAGGAGGUGAGGGAGAAAGAAGAAUUCAUCUUCUCCUGCAGUUCCAGGAUAGAAAAGGGCCUGCCACUCAACAGAGAAAUCGAGAAGGACUGGCUGAAGGUUCUCCGAGAUGAAGAAAUGUAUGCCUUUGCCACCGCUGAGAAGUCCCGGGAAUACAUGGAAACAGAUUACCGGCAGCUGCCCAACGGUGUUUACACGACGGCAGAGCAGCGCCCAAAUGCCUACAUGCCUGAAGUAGAAACCGCGCUUCCUCUGCCCAAACCCUACGGGGCGAUGGCUCCAUUCAAGCCCUCGGAAACUGGAGCCAACAGAAGGCACAUCAGGAAGCCUGUGGUGAAGCCCAUUGAGAUCUAAGCGCGUGGGCCAGUCCAGGCUUCACCAGACCUGCAGUGGGGAACGACCACCAGGGUCCUAAUUCUGCCAUCAGUUGGGCACAGUCAACAAGGGAGCGAGACACAGUUCUCACGUUCGCCAACCAAUCCACGCUGUGUGACACCAAAUGGAACACAGACUACAAUUAGAGUGUAUUUUCAUUGCUCAUGUCUUUCCUUUUUAUUGUUUAUGUCGACUACAUUUCAGGAUUGUAUAGUAGAGAAAACACUGUAAGAAUACGAAAUAAAUAACUUCUCAGAGA